AUGGGCUUCAAGGUGGUAGCGGUAUCACGUGGCCCAGAAAAGGAAGCCGACGCGCGCAAGCUCGGAGCCAGUGAGUACUACAUUGACGCCUCUGCCGGUGACCCAGGCCAGGCGCUGCGGAAUCUCGGAAGCGCCAAAGCAGCCCUGACAACAGCGCUGAGUGCUGAGGCCAUGACCCCGUUGAUCAAGGGACUCAACAUUCUCGGGAAGCUUCUCAUCUUGGCAAUUCCCGGAGAUGUGACCAUCGACACGUAUGAGAUGAUCAAAUACGGCAUCUCGGUUCAGGCCUGCCCCACGGGCAAUGCCUCUGACAGUGAAAAGACAUUCGAGUUUGCAGCUCGCCAUGGUGUCAGCUCUAUUGUCCAAACUUUUCCUCUGGAUAAGGCACAGGAGGCUUAUGACACAAUGGUGUCUGGCAAAGCACAUUAUCGAUCCGUGAUUCAGUUUUAA